AUGAUUAAUAUAUCUUUUCAGUCCUUUAUUCUCUCUAAUACUUUUAAUNAAGGGAUAGAUGGUUUAUGUGCUCAAAGUUUCCCAUCGACUAAUACAGCUGGCCCAGAAAUAUGUAAAUUAUUUACUACUUGCGAAGAUAUUUAUUAUUCAACACAUGAUCAAUGUAAUAAAUCAAAUAAGUAAUGUACAACAGAUGGAUCAAAUCGUUGUAUGACACUGGGAGUAUGUUCAAAUUAUAAACUAAAUCAGAAUUGUUUUUUAAAUGAUAAAGGUUAAAUCAAAGAAAAUGGAUAAGUAAUAUCCACAGGAAUAUGCAUUUGGGAUAAAACUUAAUGUAGAGAUCAGACUUGCGAAGAUUUAGAAGGUACAAGUCAUUAAACUUGUAAACAGUAGUUAUCUAAAUGUACAUCAAAUGGAUAAAAAUGUAUAGCUUAAGAUAAAUGUUCAACAUUCUAAACACAAAGUAUUUGCUAAAAUGCUGUAGGAACUGAUGGCAUUUGUUUUUGGGAAGCUGCUUCAGCUUCAAAUAACAACAAAGCUUUGUGUAGAGUUAAAUUAUGCUCAGAUAUUUCAAAUGGAUAGACAGCAGCAAUAUGUCAACAGAACCUAUCCACCUGUAUUUCAGACGGAAAUUAAUGUAUUGCUCAAAGUAAGUGUUCUGAUUACAAAACUAUAACAGGAUGCAAUUAUGGUGGUUUAGAUGGAAUUUGUAUCUUCACAUAAUCAGUUGCUAAAGAUGCAAAAAUAGGAGAUGGUUCAUGUGCUUUGAUGGUUUCCUGUGUAAGCGCUUCUUCAUCAUAAAUAGCAUGUGAAAAAGCUAAAGAUAAAUGUGCAUGGACUCCUAAAAGUGAAUAGACUCCAAGUAAAUGCUCUCCUCAUACAUGUGAAACCUAUAAGUUAACAAAUCAAGUAUGCACCAAUCUUCUUAAUUGGAAUAAAACAAGUCAAUAAUUUUGUUCUGAAAUAAAUGGCCUUUGUUAGGCAGUUGAUCCAGCAACAUUAACAUAUUCAAACUGUUUUGUUACAACAAGUUACACAUAUACCUGGAAUGCUCAAACUAAUAAAUGUGAAUUAUGUAAGAAAAAUGUUGUUAUUGAUAAUCAAAAUAAUUAAAGUUAAAAUAGCACUCCACAAUCAACUAAUAUUGGGCUGUUAAUGACAUUUUACUUUUCAGCUUAUAUGUUUUUGACAUGA